AUGCCGGCCGUACGAUCAGCAUAUGACCCCAAGGACAUGCAGUUCCGCCACCUUGGACCUACUGGUCUCAAGGUGAGCGUGUUCUCGCUUGGUGGCUGGCUCACCUACGGAGGUACUCAGAAGGGUGAGAUUGUCAAGAAGUGUCUUCAGACUGCCUGGGACCAUGGUGUCAACACUUUCGAUACUGCCGAGACAUAUGCCUCCGGUGAGUCGGAAGUCGAGAUGGGUCAGGCACUCAAGGAGCUCGACUGGCCGAGAGACGAGUACGUCCUCACCACCAAGGUCUUUUUCGGUACCGGCCGCAAGGAGCCCAACACCCGUGGUCUGAGCUGGAAGCACAUUGUCGAGGGACUGAAGAGCUCGCUUGAGCGUCUGCAACAACCCUAUGUGGAUAUAGUGUUCGCUCACCGUCCCGACCCUGCCACUCCCAUGAAGGAGAUCGUCGAGGGCUUUACGCAGACCAUCCGCAACCUCAACCUGGCCUACUACUGGGGAACUUCUGAGUGGUCCGCUGUUCAAAUUCAGGAGGCCAUCCAGAUCGCCGAGAGGUACAACCUCAUUGCUCCCGUUGUUGAGCAGCCCCAGUACAACGCCUUCCACCGCCAGCGCUUUGAGGUCGAGUACGCUCCCCUCUUCCAGCAGUUCCAGUACGGCACGACCAUCUGGUCGCCUCUGGCCUCCGGCCUGCUGACCGGCAAGUACAAUGAUGGCAUCCCCGAGGACUCUCGCUUUGCCACCAACAAGUCGUUCUUCGAGAACAGCGUCAAGUCGCUCCAAACAGAGGAAGGCAAGGCCAAGAUUGAGAAGGUGAAGAAGUUGACAGCCAUUGCCGAGAGGCUCGGUGGAAACGUCGCACAGCUUUCUCUGGCUUGGGCCCUGAAGAACCCCAACGUCAGCACCGUCAUCUUGGGAGCGACCAAGGUUGAGCAGAUUGAAGACAACCUCAAAUCGCUCAAGUUGUCCGAGAAGCUCACACCCGAGGUUUUGGAGGAGAUUGAAAAGAUUCUGGAUAACAAGCCCACGCCCACUCCUACCUACGGUCGCGAGAGAACGAUUGGAGGCGGCUACGACGCACAAAGAUCUGUUCGCCUAUAA